AUGGAAUUUAAUCGCUUGUCGGCUCGUAAUAAUCUAGCCGAAAGGGAGAUGCAAAGGGUAGCGCGAUAUAUGAAUGAGCUACGACAGUCCUUAAGGGAGAAAAUCGGAUUGCAAGUCAUUUGGACCGUAGAUAAGGCCUAUAAUCUAGCCCUAAAGGCCGAAUUCAUGGAGAAGGGGGCAGCAAACCGAGCAACGCGACAAUUGGCAAGUGAAACUAGGCCUUUCUCAAGGAAUCAGAAUGUGUCUUCAAGUACUACGAGAACAUGCGGUGGUCAGAGUUUGUCGACAGCUGCACCAGCUUUGUCAAAACAGAGCAACAAUCAACUUGGAGAGAGUAACAACAACCGGGCACAGAAGGCAGCAAAAGGGGCCAGUCAAAAUCCUUAUGCAAGACCAACUACAAUCAAGUGCUAUCGCUGUUUCAAAACUGGGCAUAAAUCUAAUGAGUGUCUAGAUCGAAAGGAAGUUAAUUUAGCUGAUUUUGAGGACGAUAACGAAGGGUUGGAAGAGGACCCAGAUUUGGAUGAGGUUGAUUUUACGGAAGAAGAUGGUGAGAGGGUCAAUUGUGUGGUGCGGCGAGUUCUUGUUUCACCAAGACAAGAAGAUGAUUCUCAACGCAAAAAAAUCUUUCUUUCACUUUGUUCAGUGAAGAAGAGAGUCUGUGAUCUCGUCAUUGAUAAUGGGAGUUGCGAGAAUUUUGUGUCCAAGAAAUUGGUGGAGUGUCUUGAUUUACAAACAACAAAGCAUCCACACCCUUAUUCAGUUCGAUGGCUCAAGGAUGGACCAGUGUUGAAAGUGGUGGAGACUUGUCAUGUGUCGCUAUCGUUAGGGAAGUGGUAUAGUGAUGAGGUGUUGUGUGAUGUUCUUGAGAUGGAUGUGGGACAUAUACUUCUUGGAAGACCAUGGCAGUUUGAUGUAGAUGUUACAUACAAAGGGAGAGCCAAUGUCUAUCUAUUUAACUGGAAUGGAAAAAAGAUAGCAAUUGCUCCAGUCCAAAAAAAUAAGGGGCCUGAGAAUUCCACUCAAGUAGUAGAGAAGGCCUUGUUUUCAAUUACCUAUUAUGAGCAUGAAAUGGAGUCAGACUUCAAGAGCCAAAGGGAAUUGCAUGCGUUAGUAAUUAAAUCUAUCCUAUUGAGCCAUGCAGAGGAUGAAGGGGUGUCUAAUGAGUGGCUAGCUGAGGUUCAGCCAGUAUUAAAAAAAAUCAGUGAUUUAUUUUCUGAAGAUCUACCGAAUGGGUUACCACCUUUACAGGAUAUACAACAUCAGACUGAUUUCAUGCCUGGGGCGACGUUGCCUAAUUUACCUCAUUAUCGUUUGAGCCCAAAGGAGAAUGAGGUACUACAAGAAAAGGUGGAUGAAUUAUUGAGCAACGGGUUUAUUAGAGAAAGUAUGAGCCCAUGUGCGGUGCCAGCUUUAUUGGUACCAAAGAAAGAUGGAUCGUGGAGGAUGUGUGUGGAUAGUCGGGCAAUAAACUGCAUCACAAUAAAAUAUCGCUUCCCUGUUCCUCGACUGGAUGACAUGUUAGACCAGUUGUGGGGUUCUUGCAUAUUUUCAAAAAUUGACUUGCGGAGUGACUAUCAUCAAAUUCGUAUUCAACAAGGCGAUGAAUGGAAAAUAGCCUUCAAAAAGCGGGAUGGCCUCUUUGAGUGGCUAGUUAUGCCUUUUGGAUUGUCGAAUGCUCCAAGCACCUUUAUGCGUGUGAUGAAUCAAGUACUAAGGCCUUUUAUUUCUAAAUUUGUGGUGGUCUAUUUCGAUGAUAUUUUGAUUUACAACAAAACUGUGGAGGAGCAUAUAGAGCAUUUGCAGGAAGUACUGACAAUAUUGCAGGUAAACAAGCUUUAUGCUAACUUGAAAAAGUGUAAUUUCAUGACAAGUAAUCGUAGGUUCAUAAGAGGAUUUAGUAUCAUCACAAGUCCUAUCACUAAUCGUCUUAAGAAAGGCAAGUUCGCUUGGAGUCAUGAAGCUGACAAAGCUUUUUUAGAAAUUAAAGACAAAUUAUGUACUACACCAGUGCUUGCUAUGCCAAAUUUUGAGAAACCUUUUAAAGUGGAAUGUGAUGCAUGUGGUACAGGAAUAGGUGCUGUGUUGUCUCAGGAAAACAGACCUAUUGCAUUCCUUAGUGAGAAACUUAGUGAAACACAGAGGCGAUGGAGCACGUAUGAUCAAGAGUUCUAUGCGGGGAGCCUCAACCGUGUUGCUGAUGCACUUAGUCGGCGUGCAGCCUUGCUGGUGACGACAACUACUAUUUUCCUUUUGAAAUAUUAUCAAAGAGUCUUGAGACUGUGUCUCACCCUUGGUGUUCUUGAUUUUCUGGAGGUUAAUCGUUGGAUUAAUCCCGUGUGGUUUCCGCCUGCGUCAAUAAGUGUCGCUCUGUUGGUGUUGAUCAUGUCAUGGGUCUGUCAUGUUGCUAGGUUGUGGUCCUUUAUUGAUGGUGGACAAAAUCGUGCUUGUUUCAACAUUGCUCGUGUGCUCGAGUAUUGGGUCUGGGCUGCAGUUUUCUAA